GUACUUGAGUUAAAGGAGGAUGGAUUCCUUAGUUUUUACUACGUAUACUUGUGUGUAUCCUGGUUGAUGAGUAAUUGUUGUAUCUAGGUUAAUUCAUUCAUAGGGUUAUCGAAGGCGGCAAUAGCUUGUGGCUAUAAGGCCCGAUUCGGAAUCCUCCUGGAUAGAAAUCACCGAUCGUUUUCAAAAGCUUAGUACUGAAGAUGUCUUGGAUCCCGAUGACAAGGAUGACGGCUCGGAUGUCACAGUCGACAUGUCAACCACUUACGAACUGGAGGAUGAAUCUGUCGAGAUGAAAAUGAGCCUUAUGAUCUUUCAUUUCUUCGAGGAUCUCUAUCGUAUUCAAGGCUUCUUGCACGGUAUAUGGAAAAGCUAUAAGAAUGGGAAUUUGGACCUUGUUAGCGCUAGUCUCAUUAACAACUCGGCGUUUGAGGUUGUUCAUCGCGACGAUGAUGAAAUCCUGGCCACGGCACCAAAUCUUUUCUCAAAGAAGCAGUCUUAUGAUACGAUUACUAUCGUUAUAUUCUAUACCAAUGCUUUCAGUCAAGGUCAUGACCAGGAACAGACCAUGGCAACCAACAAAGUGCUGCGACCAACACCCUUUGCUGACUUCAUAUAUCUUUCUACUUCUCGCACUUUGAUGGAAUAUGACUUCUUGAGUAAGCAAGGAAACUUACGGGGUGUACAAUUCCCGGAGAACACAAUGUUGACGAAUAUUUCAAUGAGUACCAUGCAAGUUCCUGAGAGUGCCAUCCGUCCAGAUGGCACUACUGAACCUGUCUGGCUGGAAAAGCUGGUGGUGCAUGCUCGAGCCGAAUCGGCAAUUGAAGAUGAACAGUGCGAUCCACAACACUGACGAAGUGGUAGGAAGCUUGAUCUCCAAAUCAUCAGGCGUCACAAAGAUAUGGACUUUGUUUUCACACAUAAUUCUGUUUAAUGUGGAAUGGUGGCUCUUCGGUUAAUUACUGCCACUGAACAAGCUGGAUUUACCCAUUGCUGUUACCAUACAGUUACCACUUUAUUAGCAUACCUAUAUGCGGAAUGCAGAAGAACCAAGCUUCUUGACAUCAAAUGGCCUGCUAUGGAACAGAUGAUGGAAUUAUACAUGGAAGAUAUGUUUUCAGGCAGUCGCUAAAUUACAAUUCGAUUAUAUAUCAUUGACCCUGGCAUGUCACCAAUUGAUGAAGAAGUUCCGUGUUCAAAUCAAGCAGCGGUUAGGGAUAGAACAUUCUCUAUUUCCAAGCGAAGACAACAUUGAGCCAUCAUACCCAUUUACAGUAAUGGACAUCUUUCAUGAAGGAAAGAGUGGAGGAGAACGUCCUCAGCUGAAGAUUGUGGCGAGAGUU